CUAUAAUGUACCAUGAACGAGUACAGUACUUAUUGAAAACAUAUCCAAUGUCGAUGCCAGUAAUUCUGCCAAAACAAAAAAUCCUUUUUGUCCCAAUACGUACAGUCAGAACAAACGAAAAUUAAUAAUGGAAGUGAACUGAGCAUUCGUGUCGAACACCUUAAUGCCAUUGCCCAUUGGCAUUAGCGAACGUUUUAAACCAGGCAUCAGGCAAGUUGCAAAACGAGAUUAUGGUUAUUGUUAUUAUCGUUUACCUUCGCCCAGUAUUCUUUCUUGCUCUCUCUUAAAUUUUAUUGAUUCGUUUUUGUCGUCUGACUCAAGCUGAGAGUGCCUCAGCAUGGUUCGUGUGAUUGUUAGUGCAUCGUACUGAUCGUAGUGAGCCUAGUGACUGUGGCUUCAAAUGUUUUCCGUAAAGCUAAUUUUAAUUUUGCACUAUUUUGCAAUAUCGUUUUAUGCCUAAAUCCAGAUGAUUUCAUUUUGCGAAAUCGAAAACUCAGUUGGUUUUCGUUUCUUCGUAUUUCGAGGAAGUCAUGGCCUUCGUGGAUUGGCAAAGACCAGAAAAUAUCAAUAUCAGUCAGAUAUUGAGAAUUAACCAUUAUGUCGCUGACGAUGCUGGACAUGUUUUUUAUGAAAUUCAAAUCACUUUGACGCCUUUCUACUGGACCUGUAAGCGGCGUUACAGUGAGUUCAGCACUUUACACUCACAGUUGGUCAUUCAGUUUAAAAUUGAUCAGGGAUUGCUACCAGCUAAGAACAUUUUCGGAGUAAAAAAUGAAGCGUUUCUCAAGAAGCGACAGGUGGAUUUGGAGGUUUACCUACUUAGAUUAUGGCAUCAUUUGAGAUCGUUUCCCAGAGCCUUGGCGGAGUUUUUGGACAUGCACUUAUAUGAAAUUCACUUCAUUACGGAAGAGCUGUCCAGGAAGAUUUGCAGUGUCGUUGAUUCCAAUUCCACACGUGAUGAACUCGUUUUUACGCCGAUACAAAUCCAUGCCAUUAAUAAGAGACUUCAACUGCCUGAGCCUGUGUGCGAAUCUAAAGACAGAACUCGAGAUUUUGGACAUUUACUGGAUUACAUUUAUCGGAUGAAAACCGUGAGGAUUUUGGGUAAUGAUGGUCUGCUUGCGGCAUCUAACAUCGUGGAAAAUCAGUUGCCGAUUGAGCUGAUGAUUUUUAAAUCAGCUGAGGAUUUGAUGUUGGACCAACUGAGACCUUCCCAGAUUACGGGCUUGGAGAACUUACGGAACACUGUAAAAAAGCUACGAAUACAUCGCACCCUACAGUCAUUGUCGUUAUUUUUUCUUCGUGAUGCUGAUGGAUGGCACACCGAAGAAGAACUUCCUUCUUGUUUAUGUUGGAAUAAACUGGUCAGCGCUGACCUAAGCCAGAAUCGUAUUGAAAAGUUGGACAAAUCGAUUAAAUUGUUGGUUAACGUGGAAAGUUUGGAUUUAUCCAAUAAUCAACUUCGGACACUGGAUCAUUUGCAUCAUUUACAUAACCUUCGGAAGUUGGGAUUGGCCAGGAAUUAUUUGUCGAUUCUUGAUAACAUGCAUGCAAAGCUUGGAAAUAUUCAGAAAAUAACUUUGUCUGGGAAUCAGCUGCAAACUUUAAAAGGCUUGGCAAAAUUAUAUUCUUUGGAAGAUUUGGAUCUGAGCGACAACGAGGUUUCUUCUCUGGAUGAGAUUGAACAUUUGAGGAAUCUUCCUUGUUUGAUUCGUCUUAUUCUCGCUUCAAACCCCAUAACCCUAGUCGUGGAUUACAGAGUCAGAAUUCUUGCAUGUUUUGGAUCACGAGCAUCCGAAAUGGUACUCGAUGGAACACCUGCCGGAAUGCAGGAAGUUAGUAGAGUCAAUAUUCGGCUGGCCCUGAAGAAAACUCAAACAGCCGCUGCCCAAAUUCGGAAAAGGAAUACCGAGUCGCAGUCUAGUUAUAAUGGUUCCCCCGGACAAGGUGCUGCUACCUCUGCACCGACAUGAUUUCCACUUUUUGAUCUGAAAUUUUAUUUUUCAAAGUGCCAUACUCAGGAUUUAUUAUCCUUGAAUGGACCACGUCUUUUGUAUUGUCGACACCCGGUGAUAAGAUAUGGUUUGAACUUGUAAAUUGUACUUAUGUAUUACACGAUUUUUAUUGCCGAAAAAAACUUCGAAAAUAAAUCGAUGGAACCUUUGUGGUACU